AGUGAGUGACCAUCUUGUUCGACUCGCCUACCGCGCUUCCUGCUUCCUUAAAGAUUUUCUGCUGCCUCCAUCAUGCUCUACCUAUUUCUUUCCGCCCGGUCGGUGAGGCAAGUUGCACAGGAAGCAAAACUGGAUCGACGUGCAGGCUCGACACAUCCAUGCGGCACGGAACACAGAACGUGGAGGGUUGGUUUGUGGCCUGAUAGGCGAUGCUGCAAGCCGUGCAGCGACUCGCAGCUCCUCCUUCCGUCCACCAUCCACCGUCCACCGAGCCUCCGGUCAUGGGGCCGCUUCACGACGAUCUGGCUGGACUUGACAAUGGCGGCAUCAUCUGAUCCCAAGUCAGACCACCGCGGGGUAGGGAUAGCGAGCGUUAUUGACCACCUAUCCGCUGGAAGGGCAGACUGCGCAGCACAGCAUGCCGCGUUCCGUCUGGAGCCGCCAGUUGCAAUGCAGUGGAACCCUCGACGCACUCGGCAAGGCAAGCCGUCUUGGCAGCGCGCCCAUCCUCUACCCCGCGAUUUGUCGCCACGCCCGCGCAGCAUCGGUCCCCCAUUCGCCAAGAUGCACAAAGCGAAAGGUCGGCGGUCUGGCGGUGAGCUCUACAAGUACAAGGUAGAGGACAAGAAAGUACGACGGAGACUGGAAGCUCAAGAUCCCAUCCCCAGGCCUUUUUCUGGGUGGGGUAUUGGCAGGGUGGGAGGCUAUCUGGCUGCGUUAGCGCCGCGCAGGGAUUCCACAGCUGACCCCCCCUUUAUCGACCCCUGGCCUGUCUCAGGCGUUCAGUUAAGGCAGGCAGUCGAGGCAACGGGCCUUAUUAGCCCCGGCCUGCCGCCCGCACUCUCCGUCGCCGACCUCCUGGCACUCCCAAUCGCGCUUUACGCGCCCCCUGUUUUCCCUUCUACUCGGGAGGCCCGUCGACGGAAUUGGAGAGGCCUGGAGGAAGGCAAGAUGUCCUGCUAACACGCCAAUUGCUGCUGUCGGACAGCGCAGUGGUGCCUAUCUAGGGCGCGGCAGACCGCGUUCUACUGUGUGACCAUCCGCCUCUGCUCUUGAACCCCUCCUCCCGCCCCCUCCAGGGACGCCGACCCUCCUCAUUCUCUGUCCACU